AUGCACAGUCCUCAAUUCUCGAAGGUGAUGUGGCCUGUGGAUAAUGCGUGUAAGGUCAUAAUCGUCAUCUUAGGUGUCUCCCCAGCCAUUUCUUCACUGGUAGAUGAUAUUAGGAAUGAAAUUGACCUUACUGGAAGCGAUGAUUGGAGUGUCAGCCUCAAUGAGCCCACGAUCGACUAUUCCCUAGACAUGACUUGUGAAGAGCUUGCUGAUGUAGUGACACUACUCCAGCCAAAGCAAAUCCAGGCGUCACAAGCACACUGGGCGGCAUUGAUACCCAGUCUCUCUGACAUUUACUUGAGGUACAAGACAAGCAAUCCUUGUUGUAUGCUGCUUCAUUACCCAGAACCACCUGAAAAUUCGAACUUUGUUCAUAUUUACGUCAUUGAUGUCUUUGAUGGAUGGUCAUACGAACACAUUCCUCAAGACCCAGAUGAAACCUCACCGACAUCUGCCAUUCUCCAUUCAGGCUAUAUCCCACCAACUCCCAUCAAUCCAACUGUAGCAAUCUCAAUAUGUUCACUCGAGCUCCUUCAUUGUCUAAUGUGUGCCUCAUCUGGCUUCAGUGUCCAGUCAUUUGCCCGAUUGCUGGCCGAUUUGCACCACGUCUCAUUAGCCUUUGAUGCAUACUAUGCUAUCAUUACAAGAGGACUCAUGUCUUACAAGCUUCACGAUGAGCCUGAGCACCCCAUUAAUUUGAUUGUCACAGGCGAUGGAAACACUUCCUUAUCACGCCUCCCCCACAGGUCUGAGUCCGACCCUCGGACUUUCCUUAGUGACUACUAUCUACCUCGAUCAGAGGUAGACAUGUUUCAAAAUACGAAAAAACAAUCCCAGCUUCCCUCAAUGCUGGCUGGACCCGAUGACCCACCCCCGGAAUCGUGUGUUGGAUGGAAGAACUCUCGGCCAAUGCCCCAAAUGAUGAAAGCUGGAUCCCUCAGUGUCAUGGAUGAAACCGGCAUCUUUCUAGUUAUUUGCCACCAUGGAAUCGUGCAGUUUAUCAUGGACAUGGUCAAGAGUGGUGAAUUGGCAAAGUACCCAGUGGCAGCAGCAAAUAAACUGCUGAGUACAUUUGGCAGCAAUAUCCUUUUUGCAUACGAUGUUGGAUGCACCUUUUCGAUCACACUUUCCCGCUCUGCUAUGCUGCACCUCGGGCCAAUUUCACGUUUCAAAGAAGGGGCGGGUAUCGAAGAUGGGGAAGGUAAUGAACGAGCUUUCUCCUCAAGUAAUGGCAUCGCAGCAGUAACCCAUCAUGCUUCUGCAUAUUACCACCACUUCCAGAUCCACCUUCACUUCGAGAAAUGGGACCAGGAUAAGUAUGAGCGCUUAGGCAACUUCCUGUUGGGAAAUCACACCUCUGCAUGGACACAGAUCCAUGAAUCCAUGGCUAUCCUAGACACGACGAAACACAUGCACCCAACCUUCGAUUCUGACUGGGACUGUCCACUGUUCUUACAACAAGAAAAGGAGUACAUCAUGUCUCUGAAGUCAGAGCCAAAGGCCAAACAAGCCAAAAUCGAAUACCUCGAUGCACUGGAACAAUUGGAAAGUACUGAGAUGGAGCUUUGGCCACUGCUGUUAACACUGUCCAUAUCACCAACUUCGGAACUUGCAUACCAAGCCUUGUGUGUUCAGCGCAAGGUGGAAGAAGCACGCUGCAUUGUCUCUGCACUGGAAGCAACAUCAUCUCUUGCAUUACCAUGGCAUGUGGAUUCUCCUCAGUGCCAUGAAGCCAUCCAGCUGCACAGUGAGAGGAGGUAUCAUCGCCUGCUUGAUGACUUGGAACACCGCGCUAUUUCCCAUCAGUUUGAGUUGGAAAAGAUGGGCCUUCUGAAGACUGAAAUCAUCUUGAUUUUCUCAAUGGCGCUCCAUUCCACCCUCGAGAAGUAUAACAGUGCCGCAGCAGCGCUGAUCCCUCCAAAACCUUCCCUCACUUGGGAUGAUAUCACCCACCCCAACUUUCCAAGUAUAGUUGAGCUAUUGCAGGGUUGUGAUGACAUUCAGUCAUGCGAAUGGGCCCAGGAGCAUUUCCGUGAGGCAACCUGUGCCUGGAUAAAGCUCCAAUGUGCAAAAGAGGAGCUUGUCAUAAUUGGAAUUGAUGCUCGUAGAAUACUGACUGCCAUAAGGGAUGAGGAAUUACAGGUUAAGGAAACUAUCGAGGCAGUAACUGCCAGCAACCCUGUCAUUGCCUCAUACAUCUCAAUGACUUUCAAGUGGCGCAUACAGGCAAACGCCCACCUCCACAAGAAAUUGUCCUCUCUGGAGCAUCGUCCAAACUACCUUUCCCCCUGUGGACCCGGCACCUCCAUUUGCUUCGAGACAAGUGACUCCGACACUGGCCAAGAGCCCAAUGUUGAACCAGAUGCACCUCCUGAGAUUGAGAUGGCAGAUGUGCAGCAGCCAGAUGAUGGUGACCCCAUGAAUGAUGGGCUACUUGAGGAAGAAGAUGAAGCACAGUCACAGCUUGCCAUUGAUAAACUCGUUGAUUUAUUCAAUAAUUCUGUAAUUAUGUAG